GCUUCCGCAUUGCUGCAAUAAUCAGACAUCCAUCCCAGCUGCUGCAAGUAGAGCUAGGCUGAGGGGCGUAUCGCCUUGUUGCAACUGCACGGUUCCUACUCAGCGAGGUGUAGAAGCCAUCAGGAGUCAGCAUACACUCGUCGGAUUCCAUGGCGGCCCUCAGGAGGGAAGCCACUGGCCAGGCCAGAUUGGCAGCAUCAGUCAUAGGAUGCCUCGGAGUAAUUCUGCUUGGUUUUGUCAUUCUGUGCCUUGCACUCCCGACGGGGGAGAGCAACUCCUUGUCGAAGACGAUGACUACGGUUGCUCAGAACAAUGCAAAUAUUGUUAGCAGGCGUCUCGGAGAUUACCACUACGAUGCGGAUUACCACUAUGAUGAAGGCAACAAAUAUGGCAAAGGGAACUACAAGGAUGGCAAAUUUGAUGACAAGAAGGGUUACGACGAGUACUACAGUCAGAAGAAGUACGACAGCACGAAAGACAAGGACUUUUACUCCAAGAAGUACACUGAAAAGAAAUAUAAUGAAAAAACGUAUGAAACGAAAUACUCCGACAAAAAGAAGUAUGAUGAUGACAAAAAGUAUUACAAGUAUGAUAAGUAUUACAAGUAUGAUAAGUAUGACAAGUAUGAUAUGAAGGAUGAUAAGUAUGAUAAGUACGAUAAGUAUGAUAAGUAUGAUAAGAAGGAUGAUAAGUAUGAUACGUAUGAUAAGAAGGAUGAUAAGUACGAUGAGUAUGAUAAGUAUGAUGAGUAUGAUAAGUAUGAUAAGAAGGAUGAUAAGUAUGAUAAGUAUGAUAAGAAGGAUGAUAAGUAUGAUGAGUAUGAUAAGCACGAUAAGUAUGAUAAGUACGAUAAGUAUGAUAAGUAUGAUAAGUACAACGACAAGUAUGAGGAGUAUGAUAAGAAGGAUGAUAAGUAUGGCAAGUAUGGAAAGAAGGAUGAUAAAUAUGAUAAGUACAAUAAGUAUUAUAAGUAUUAGAAGAAAGAGGACAAAAAGAAUGUUAAGAAGGAUGAGAGGAGGGGUUAUUAUUACAAGAGCUAUGGCGAUGAGUGUGAUAAAAGUGAGUACUCCAUGGAGUCGGAUGAAGAGAGGCAUGACGAGAAGCAGCACAACAGCCAGCAGGACGAGCAAAAGAAGUAUAUGGCGACAGGAGCUAGGACGAGAAGUAUAAGCACAGGAAUCGUGAUGAUUACUAGUACGAGGGUAAGAAAUGUGAUUAGAAGUGAACGAGCAAUCAUUCAGUUAUGAAAGAUGUAUUCUUUCCCCCAAAAAAAAGAAAAAAUGUCACUGUCAUGCUGCAUGGGAAGUGCGACAAGAAGAGCAACAAUACGUAGAGUGAAACGUCUGAUUCCUGGAGCACAUUGAGUGACGCUUUACUUUCACAAGAGGAUGCCAUAUGUGCUAGAGAUGGGAGUGACAAUGACCUUCAGAAGUGAUGGCCUAGCUCUUUUUUUUUUGGCAGCUUUUACAUGGUAGUGAUACAGAGAUCAUCGGCAAAGUCGGGAGACAUAAAGUGGGUUAAACAGAAGAAAUAAGUGCUUGAUUUGCUUGUUCUUGCUGCAGGGGCAGCAGAUAAGGGUAAUUUUGAAUAACUGUCCAAAGCAAGUAGACAUUGCAAUAAUAUCGGUCUGGUUCUGCUUUGUGUGACAUCUACCGAUGAGUGUGGGUGGUUUCUACCUUCGCAUGAAAGUCGUUCAAAC